AUGAAGCUUCAUCUUAUUGGUUGGGAUAUUCUCUGUUCCCCUAAAUCUGUGUGUGGUUUGGGUUUAAGAAAAUUUGAACUAAAUAACUUAGCUAUGUUGGCUAGAAAUGCCUGGAAACUUAUUGAAAACCCUGAUUGUCUGCUAGGUUCUGUCUUAAAAGUUAAGUAUUUCCCUAAAAUUGAUUUUCUCAAUGCCAAGUGCCCUAGUGUUUGCUCUUGGACUUGGAGAUGUCUUCAUACUAUAAAGGAGAUGAUUAAGCCUUUUAUAUCCUGGAUUGCGGGUGAUGGAAAAUUUAUUGACCUAUGGUGUGAUAAAUGGAUCCUUAAUUUAGGUUCUGCUACUCCUAAUCCUCUUGUUCCUACUGACCCUAGAGUUAAAGUCUCUUAUUUUAUUGAUGUUGAGUCCAGAUCCUGGAACAUUGAUAGAUUAAAUACCCAUUUUGAUGAUGCUUCUGUUCAGAAGAUCAUCUCAAUUCUCAUAAGUCAGUUUUGCACUCCUUAUAGGAGCGCUUGGGAGCUUUUAAAGAAUGCAGAUUUUCCUCUAAAUCUGCUUACCUGGGACUCAGAGGGCUUUGGCCCUCCCCUAGUAGCAAACUUUGGAAACUUCGAGUGCCUCGCCGUAUUCAACUUUUUAUUUGGAAAUCAACCAGAAAUGUUUUGCAUGCUAGGACUGUUUUACAUAUUAGAAUGCCUAUGCACUCUGUUGACUGUAGUAGAUGCUCUGAUCCUAGAGAAACUAUUAUGCAUGCUUUGGUCAUCUGUCCUUUUUCCAGUCAUAUUUGGUCUUUGGCUUCUUUCUUCUUUAUGGAGUUCUACAAAUAAUUUGGUCUUUAGGAACCUUCGGGAUAAUUAUGCUAUUGUCAUUAAUAGAGCCAAAGCUAUGCUUCUGACCAUUAGGCUAAAAUCUCAGAACCCUCCUAUUCCACCCUCUACCUAUAGUGAUACAUGGAUGCCCCCAACUUUUGGAUGGAUAAAGUGCAACGUUGAUGGAGCCUUUGAUGACACUACGUUGGGUAAUGGUGCAGGCUAUUAUGUGAUGAGAGAUUUCUCCAGUAAAGCUACUUUUUGUGCAUCUAUUGUCUUUAAUGUUACCUCGGCUGAAGAGGCAGAAGCAAGAGCAAUCUGGGUUGUGUUGAAGAAGGUUGUGGAGCUAAAACUUGCCCAUAUCACUAUUGAGAGUGAUGCAAAAGACCUAAUCAACCAAUUUUCUACAGGAAAGUUUGAUGGAAAUGCCAGAAUUGAUGUUAUUUACAAAGACAUCCAGGUUUUCGCUUCUUCUUUAAUCGGAUGUAUCUUACUUUUCAACCUUUAA